UCUCUGUGUGAGAGUGAACAACCGUCCAAAUGGCUCAACAGGGAGUUCUGCUGGACCAGGACCAGUUCUGUUGUUCUGUCUGUCUGGAUCUACUGAAGGAGCCGGUCACUAUUCCCUGUGGACACAGUUACUGUAGAAUCUGUAUUGAGGGCAGCUGGGAUCAGGAUGAUCUGAAAGGGGUCUAUAGCUGUCCUCAGUGCAGAGAGACCUUCACUCCAUGGCCUAAUCUGAGGAAAAAUAACAUGUUGGCUGAGAUAGUGGAGAAACUGAGGAAUACAGGACUCCAGGCUGCUCCCCCUCCUGCUCUGUGCUAUGCUGGACCUGGAGAUGUGGUGUGUGAUUUCUGCACUGGGACCAGAAAGCAGAAAGCCCUCAUGUCCUGUCUGGUGUGUCUGGCCUCUUACUGUGAGACUCACCUCCAACCUCACUAUGAAUCUCCUGCUUUCAAGAAGCACAAGCUGGUCAAAGCCACCGCACAACUACAGGAGAAGAUCUGCUCUCAUCAUGACAAACUGCUGGAGGUUUACUGUCGUACCGAUCAGCAGUGUAUCUGUCUGCUGUGUGUGAUGGAUGAACAUAAAGGCCAUGAUACAGUGUCAGCUGCAGCAGAGAGGACUGAGAAACAGAGGCAGCUGGGGAUGAGUCAGCAGAAGGUCCAGCAGAGAUUCCAGGAGAGAGAGAAGGAGCUGAAUGAGCUCCAACAGGCUGUGGAGUCUUUCAAGCGCUCUGCACAGUCAGCAGUGGAGGUCAGUGAUCAGAUCUUUACUGAGCUGAUCCGCUCCAUUGAGAGAAGUAGCUCUGAGGUGAAGGAGCUGAUCAGAGCCCAAGAGAAGGCUCAAGUGAGUCAAGCUGAAGGACUCCUGGAGCAACUGAAGCAGGAGAUAGCUGAGCUGAGGAAGAGAAGCACUGAGCUGGAGCAGCUCUCACACACAGAGGAUCACAUCCAUUUCCUCCAGAGUUAUCAGUCUCUCUCCAGUAUCAGUGUAUCUUCAGACUUACCCAGCAUCGUUGUCCGUCCUCUUCAGUACUUUGGAGAUGUGAGUAAGACUGUGUCUGAACUGAGAGAGAAACUAGAAGACUUCCUUAAAGGAGAAUGGACCAAGAUCUCCACUACAGUGAAUAUAGUGGAUGUUGUACUGCCUCCAGAGCCCAAGACCAGAGAACAGUUGUUACAAUGUGAUGAGGACCUCAUCCUCAAGCUGCACAAAGAAAGCCAGGGACUGCAGUGUGCGCCAGUCUCCAGCAGGGGGCAUUAAAACCCUAUGGACCUGAAAGUGACUGCAGUGUGCUCCAGUCUCCAGCAGGGGGCAGUAAAACC